AAAAAAAAAAGCCCUCUCCCAUUGGCUUACUCCUUCUUCUCCAUUCUCUCUCUCCCUCUCUGGCGGAGAGAAAGAAAGAUCUUUCCUUGCAAGUUCACUUGCGUGUCUCUCGUCUCUUAGGAAAUUGAAAACCCUAGGAGCCUCAAUUCCUCUUUUAACUCCAACCCCCUUCUCUUAUCCUCUGAUUUCUAAAGUUUUCUCUGCUCCUCCUCUAAUCGUGGAUCAUGGAGAGAUCCGAUUCCAGGGAUUUUCACAACUUUGUUCGCGCUUCCUCAGAUCAAACUAGUUCGCUCUUUGACGCAUCUCAGUAUGACUUCUUUGGGAAAAACCUUGACGAAAUGUCAUUGGGAGGUUUGGACGAUGAUGAAGUCAUCGCUCCUGAUGAUGAGUAUCACAUGUUUGAUAAAGCAGAGGCUGGAGGUUUAGGAUCAUUAUCUGACCUCGAUGAUCUUGCCACUACUUUUGCAAAGCUUAACAGAGUUGUUUCUGGACCUAAACACCCUGGUGUUAUUGGUGACAGAGGUUCAGGAUCCUUUUCAAGAGAGAGUUCUUCUGCUACCGAUUGGACACACGAUACAGAGCUCACAAGCUGGUUGGACGAACGAGAUCAAGAGGCUAAUAGAUGGUCCUCACAGUCACAAUCAUCUCCUCACUCCAAACCUUUGUACAGGACAUCCUCCUAUCCCCAGCGACCACCGCCGCUACAACACCACAAUAGCGAACCAAUAAUUCUACCGGAGUCAACUUUCACUUCCUUUCCUCCGCCUGGUAGCAGAUCUCAACAGACUUCCCUUGCAAAUCUCCAACGUGCUCCUUCUCUUCCCGGUGGUUCUCAGUUCAAUUUCGCUGCACCUUCCCCGCGGUCGAGUUCUAGUUCUCACCUUUCAGGAUCGUCGCACUGGCCUCAGUACAGUGGUGGUAAUUUGACUAGACAUGCCUCGUGUGGCCCUACGCUUGGUAACAUGGUGCAGCAACCUCAUUGGCUCACUGAUCCUGGUCUUCUGCGCGGAGAUCAUUCUAGUUUAUUACAUACUCUGGCGCAGCAACAGCAACAGCACCAACAACUGCCUCCUCGGAAUGAUCUUUUGGCACAACAUAUGAUGGCCCUCCAGCAGAGGCAAUCGUAUGCUCAUCUUGCGGCCCUACAGUCCCAACUUUAUAGUUCCUAUCCUUCACCAUCAUCACGUAAAGUUCCUUUCGGGGAACACAAACCCAAGUCAUCAUCUCAGAGAAGUCGAAAGAACAAAGGCAUCUCCCAACAGGCAUCAGACGCAGCUAGUAGUCAAAAAGGUGAAAGUGGAUUGCAGUUUAGAUCAAAAUACAUGACUUCUGAAGAAAUAGAGAGUAUACUCAAGAUGAAGCACUCUCAUUCACACAGCAAUGAUCCUUACGUCAAUGACUAUUACCACCAAGCUCGCCUUGCCAAGAAGUCUAGAGCAAUCUCACUCUUCUACCCUUCUCAGCUGAAGGAUCACCAGCCUCGGUCACGUAACAGUUCUGAACAGCAUCCACCACAAGUUCAUGUAGAUGCUCUUGGAAAGAUUACACUUCCUUAUAUUCGCAGGCCACCUGCGUUGCUCGAGGUUGACUCUUCCCCUGGUUCUAAUGAAGGCUCAGGGAAAAAACAUUUGGAGCAGGAGCCUCUUGUUGCGGCUAGGGUUACGAUUGAAGAUGCUCUUGGAGUUCUUAUUGACAUAGUUGACAUUGACAGGCAUCUCCAAUCCACAAGGCCCCAGGAUGGAGGUGCUCAGGUCAAGAGAAAGCGGCAGAUUCUCCUAGAAGGAUUAGCCACAGCACUCCAACUCGCAGAUCCGUUCAGCAAAACCAAUCAGACUGCUACUAAGGAUGAUGUUGUCUUUCUCCGUAUAGCCACUCUUCCAAAGGGCAGGAAAAUGCUUACGAAGUACAUACAGCUUCUAGUUCCAGGUACCGAGAUUGCUCGAGUUGUCUGCAUGGCUAUAUUCCGACACUUGAGAUUUCUAUUCGGCGGUUUGCCUUCAGAUGCUUUAGCAGCAGAGACGACUGUGAAUCUUGCCAAAGCAGUCACGGUCUGCGUCCAAGCCAUGGACCUACGAGCGCUGAGUGCUUGCCUUGCAGCUGUAGUGUGUUCCUCAGAGCAGCCACCUCUGCGUCCUAUUGGAAGCUCUGCUGGGGAUGGUGCUUCUGUUGUUUUGAUAUCUCUUCUCGAGAGAGCUGCUGAAGUAGUGGCGGUUCCUCGAGUCGUCAAUGAUGGUCUAUGGAGAGCCUCGUUUGAUGAGUUCUUCAACCUUCUUACCAAAUACUGCAGGAGCAAGUAUGAGACGAUCCGGAGCCAGAACCAAGGGAGUGCAGCGGAUGUUUUGGAGGUGGCGAUAAAGAGGGAAAUGCCUGCUGAGCUUUUACGAGCGAGCAUCCGUCACACCAGUGACGACCAGAGGAACUAUCUGUUGAACUUUGGCCGUCCGUCUGCUAUUGUUAGUGAGUCGGCGUCGCAUGCAAGGGGUGGUCAUAUCAACUCUGAGUCUGUGAGGGUUUUAUCAAAAAGAGAGAGAGAAGUGAUAACCAAUGGGGCAUAGUGGGCUGUGGUGGAUCAAACAAACAGUUGAUCUGUGUGUGUAGACUCAGGAGUCAAACUUGUAAGUAACCUGGUGGUGUAGGACUCUUUUCACAAGGAUUUCAGAUGAUAAAUGCUUUUAGAGUCUGCUCUCUUUUUAUUUUUCUUUUCUUAUUACAAUGAUGGACAAAUGCAAACUCUGCUUGGUUUAUAUGUAUUAAUGAUGGUGGGAAAGAA